UUUCCCCCUCUCACAUUACAAACCCUUGAAUACCACCAUGGUUUGAAACCAGGGAUGCCUUAUAAAUCUUUAAAAGCCUAGUCCUCUUCUUUGACUAUGUUUCAGGUUUAAAUGGAAAAAUCUCUCCUCUAAGUAAGAAAGAAUGUCUCGUACCCUCCAUUUCAAAAAUGGCUGAAACAACCCCUGACAUGGGGGAUGAGAUGAAUUGUCAAAAGCUGAGACUGAAAGGAUUUCAAGGUAAUGGCUGCCUUGAUGCUAAAAGUGACGCUACUCGCCAGGAAGAGCACUUACCCAAUGUCUGCUCCAGGAGGGACGUCAGAGGACCCAGAGAAAGGCCAUGGAAGGGACAGCCUAAGAGAAGCACCAUGCAAGGCACACCUGGGGAGCAGCGAGAUGACUGGCUUGCUGUGCAGUUGGUGGAAGGUUCUGGAAGGUGUUCUGGCCGCGUCGAGGUAUAUUUUGAAGGCGUGUGGUGCACGGUGUGCGAUGACCUGUGGGACGAGAAUGAAGCACAGGUGGUGUGCCAGCAGCUUGGCUGUGGGACGGCCGUCUCCGCCCCUGGAGAGGCCCGCUUUGGCCAGGGCUCCGGCCCCAUUCUUCUGGACAAUGUGCAGUGUUCUGGGACUGAGGCCUCUCUGGAGCAGUGCUCGCACGCUGGCUGGUUUGCCCACAACUGUGGACACAGCGAAGACGCUGGUGUCAUCUGCUCGGAAAAUGAACGUGAAACUUCAGGAAGUUUUGAAACUGAGAUCCUAACACCAUUUCCUGGUGACUGGCCACAACUGCAACUAGUGAACGGGUCGGGCAGAUGUUCUGGACGUGUGGAAGUUUUCUACCAUGGCUGGUGGGGCAGGGUUUGUGAUGACGACUGGGACAUGAACGAAGCCCAUGUGGUGUGCCGGCAGCUGAACUGUGGGCAUGCCCUCGCAGCCCCUGUUGAGGCCCAAUUUGGCGAUGGUGAAGGCAAGUUUCUGCUGGAUGAUGUGGACUGUACAGGAAGAGAGAGUUUUCUGGGACAGUGUCCUCAUGCCGACUGGUCUCUCCACAACUGCGGUCCCGGAGAAGAUGCCAGUGUCAUCUGCUCAGACACUGAGUACUUAAAGCCUGCAUUGGAGAGUGCUGAGAAGUCACUGCCAAUGCCCCAAGGUGAUGGAAAUUCAGCAACCAUACUAUCAGUUCUACCUGCUGCUGUCUCAACUCAGCUCUCUCCCGUAACUGCGACACAUCCAACAACAUCAGCCCUCUCAACUUCCACCAUCCUGGAAGACGUUAACCACCCAACCUUAGCAUCAGCUGUCCCUGUGAUUGACUCACUGUCUUCGAGUCACAGAGCCAGUGUUCCUUGGCCCAGCCCAUCAGAAGACUGGCCCGAGCUGAGGCUGGUAAAUGGCACUGGAAGAUGCUCUGGACGGGUGGAAGUUUCCUACCAGGGCACUUGGGGGUCGGUGUGUGACGAUGGCUGGAGUCUGGAGGAGGCGCACGUCGUGUGCAGGCAGCUUGGGUGUGGCCAGGCAGUGUCUGCCCCCCUGGGCGCCCACUUCGGCCCAGGCUUUGGAAAGAUUCUCCUGGACAAUGUGCACUGCAGUGGAGAGGAGAGCCGCCUGGCCCUGUGUGCCCACGACACCUGGUUCACUCACAACUGUGGUCACGAGGAGGAUGCUGGGGUCAUCUGCUCAGGUGCUCUUACGGCAAACCCCUCCCCUCCAGCAUCAUCUUUGCCAUUAUCAUCUUCAUCAUUGCUGUCAUCAUCAUUGCCAUCACCAUUGCCAUCAUCAUCACCAUUGUCAUCAUCAUCCGUGUCAUCAUUAUCAGCAUCGUUGCUACCAACACCACCACCAUCAGCAUUAUCACCAGAAACUAAUCUAUCUACUGCUGAAAUAACAAUCGCACCCAUCACCACUGGGGAGGAGCAAACACCAGUGGCUGACGGCUUCUCAGAGCCUUCGCUGACCACACCCCCUGAGGUCUUGACACCUCCUCCUGCAGGAGCCUGGAUGGCCGUGAGGCUGGUGAAUGGCACCGGGAGGUGCUCAGGCCGCGUGGAGGUUCUCAUCCAGGGCACAUGGGGGACUGUGUGCGAUGACCUCUGGGAACUGGCUGAGGCCACCGUCGUGUGCCGUCAGCUGCAGUGUGGCCAGGCUGUGGCCGCUCCCACAGGGGCCCACUUUGGGGCAGGCUCGGGGAAGAUUGUGCUGGAUGACGUGCGGUGUGCAGGCAGUGAGAGUCACUUGGGGCAGUGUUUGCACAGGGGCGAGGCUGGGCACAACUGCGGGCACCUGGAGGAUGCUGGCAUCAUCUGCACAGGUCGUGACAGUCCACAAGCCCCCUCCCACACCCCAGGGCCCGAAGCCACCUCCUCACUGUACACACUCACAGGUGAUGGACUGUCAGCUACCAUACCCACAACAUCCCCUCCCAGCCUUUACUCCACGCUCACACCAGCAGGUAAUGCCUCUCUGUGA